ACUUCGGGGCCUCCCUCUGCUCCAUGGACGUGAACAGAGACGGCAACACGGACCUGGUCCUCAUCGGGGCCCCCCACUUCUAUGAGCAGACCCAAGGGGGCCGGGUGUCCGUGUGCCCUCUGCCCAAGGUGGGAAGGUGGCAGUGUGUGGGCGUUCUCCGUGGAGAGCCGGGCCACCCCUGGGGCCGCUUUGGGGCAGCUCUGACAGUGCUGGGGGACGUGAAUGGGGACAAGCUGGCGGACGUGGCCAUCGGGGCCCCGGGAGAGGAGGAGAACCGGGGAGCCGUCUACCUGUUUCAUGGAGGUUCAAGACUGGACAUCGGCUCCUCUCACAGCCAGGUGACUACAGCCUCCUCUGGUUCCACGUCCCUGUCAUGGCCCGGGUUCCUCACACACGGCCUCCUGUCACUGGCCUUACCAGUCACCAUUUUUUUCCUUUUGAUAGUGUUUUAUUUCUUUGAGUUUUUCCAGGCCCAGGUAAGUACAAAUUAUGACUUUUCUCCUUCAGUUCCAAACAGCCUUCCAUCUGUGUGGGCAACUUCCUGGCUGAGGUCAGACCCCAGGUCACAUGUUUGGCCAGGCCAGCCGUCACUAGCUCUGUGGCCUCAGGCAAGCGCCUGGCAUAACUUCUGUGGCCUUGGACUCUGUGACUCACAGACAUGGUAAAACCAGCUCCGAAGGCAUCUUGUAGAGACAGUGCAGUGAUAGCACUGAGCACCCCUCGAGGGUCUCGAUGACCACAGCGAGCCACGACUCGAACCUGCCCUGCCCCCGUUCCUACGCUUUAUUUCACCCUUAGCCAGCCCCUCACGGUGAAUGGGACCACAGCGCUCUCUUCUCUCUGUCUGAGGGUCCCCCGAGUCCUGGCCCUGCUUGCUUUCAACUCCUACCCGCUCAUCACGCCUU